UUAAUAUAUAUCAUCACCAUUGAGUCACAGCUACAUUUCCAUAAUAAUAAUAAUAUUAAUAAUAUUCGUAGUAUUCUUUCUUAUUAAUAACAUGGCUUCUGAUGGUCAGCAUGAUAUAUCAGUUUUAGAGGUAGAUAAUGCCUCAAUAGAAUUCCAACAAGAUACUCCUUGGGCAAUAAGAGAUCAUAAUGUUGGAGAAGAUGGUGUAUGUUUGACAUGGCAGGAAUUGUGUGUUACAGUUUCUGAUAAGGAAGCUAAGACUUCUAAAACUAUACUUGAAAAUGUUACUGGUUAUUCUUGUCCGGGUCAAGUUUUGGCUAUUAUGGGUCCUUCUGGUUCCGGCAAAUCUACUCUCCUUGAUGCCUUGGCAGGUAGAUUGGAUUUAAACACUAAACAAAGUGGUCAGAUACUCAUUAAUGGUACUGAGCAAGCUCUCGCCUACGGUACCUCGGCAUAUGUGACACAAGACGAUGUAUUGAUGACAACUUUAACAGUGAAAGAAAUAGUGAACUACUCAAGUCUUCUCCAAUUACCAUCAUCCAUGUCAAAAUUAGAGAAGAGAAAAAGGGCAGAUGAAUGCAUAAAAGAGAUGGGCUUACAAGAUUCAAUACAUACAAGAGUUGGAGGUUGGGGAGUUAAAGGUUUAAGUGGUGGACAAAAGAGAAGACUUAGUAUUUGUAUUGAGAUACUGACUCAUCCUAAACUUCUGUUCCUUGAUGAGCCUACUAGUGGUCUUGAUAGUGCGGCCUCAUUUUAUGUCAUGAGUCGAAUUGCAGGCAAUCAAAGAGCCAUUGGUAGAACCAUUAUUACAUCAAUUCAUCAACCUAGUACCCAAGUUUUUCACCUAUUUGGUUACUUAUGUCUUCUUUCUGCUGGUAAAACUAUUUAUUUUGGACCUGCACAACAAGCAAUUGAGUUCUUUUCAACAAAUGGAUUUCCUUGCCCUUCUUUGCAAAAUCCUUCCGAUCACUUUCUACAGAUGAUAAAUAAAGACUUUAAGGACAAUGACAUUGAGCAAGGUCUUUCUACUAGAAAGUCAACUGAUGAAGUUAUCAACAUUUUGGUAAACUCAUACAAGUCUUCUGAGAGUUAUGAGCAAGUUCAAGAAGUAAUUUAUGGAAUAUGCAACAACUUGAAAGGGAGUCGAUUAGAGAAAGGAAGAAAACGUGCUAGUUUCAUUACACAAUGUCAAGUUCUUACAAGAAGAUCCUUUAUAAACAUGUGUCGUGAUUGGGGUUAUUAUUGGCUACGACUUGCUAUAUACAUCAUUUUGGGUGUUGGACUAGGCACCCUUUUCUUUAAUAUAGGAUUUAGUCAUAGCUCUAUUCAAGCAAGAGGGUCCUUGAUCAUGUUUGUGGCUUCCUACUUGACUUUCAUGACAAUUGGUGGAUUUCCUUCAUUUAUUGAAGAUAUGAAGGUUUUCAAAAGAGAAAGGCUAAAUGGACAUUAUGGUGUGACUUCCUAUGUGGUUGGAAAUACCCUAUCUUCCACCCCAUUCUUACUCAUGAUUGCCAUAAUUCCUGGAGCAAUCAUUUACUUCCUAUCAGAACUACAAAGGGAAUACCAACACUUUUUAUACUACUUAUUACUUAUUUUUGUUUGCAUGUUAUUGAUUGAAAGCUUAAUGAUGAUUAUAGCAAGUUUAGUACCUAAUUUUCUUAUGGGAAUCAUUACUGGUGCUGGUGUUCAAGGUAUCAUGAUGUUAAGUGGAGGAUUCUUCAGAUUACCCAAUGAUUUACCAAAUAUUUUUUGGCGUUACCCUUUCUAUUACAUUUCCUUUCAUAAGUAUGCAUUUCAAGGAUUGUUUAAGAAUGAAUUUGAAGGUUUAGAAUUCCCUCGAAAUGAUAGAAUUGGGGCAAGAAUGAUAUCUGGGACUAGAAUUCUCAAAAAUGUGUGGCAAGUUGAAGAUGGUUAUUCCAAAUGGGUUGAUCUUCUUGUUCUUGUGGGUAUGGUGAUUGUGUACCGUUUAUUGUUCUUAUUCUUCAUCAAGAGCUCCGAAAAGAUUAAACCUUUGAUUAAAUCGUUUGUAAGAAGAGCGCCUAAGCAAGUAGUUCAAGUUGAUUGUUCUUAGGCAUUAUAUCUCAAGGGUUUUUUAUUCGAUUAUUAAGGAGAAUCCCUACAAAUAAAAGAGGAAGCUAGAAAAAUCAAAUUUUCUACAUGUGAUAGGAAUUGAAUUAUCUUCGUUAUAAACUCAUAAUCAUGAAAGGGAAAGUAUUAAUUAUUAUUUAAGGAUAAAGGGCUUAACAUACCAAUGUAUAUGUAAUGGAUUCUAAACAAAACAUAA